UUAUAAAUAGCACACUCCUUUCUGGGUUUCCUUUCAGUGGUAGAAGACAAAUGUUUAAACUCUCCAUUGGUGAUAUAAUGUAUAAUAGGUUUUUCUGGGGUUAAUUUCUUUGAGUGGUGUACAACUUCGUGAACAAUGGACUCAAAAUGGGUUAAAACGUCUCUUGAUCUCAACCUCAAUAUUCCUUUUGAUCACGAUACCGGCGAAGUUCCUCUUUCUGAGUUACAGAAGAAAUUAGAGUUCAAAGGAGAUUCCGAUAAUUUCGAGGAGAAAUUGCCUGUGAAAGAAGAGCUUACUCCUGCCCAUGUUGUAAUUAAGCCGGCUGGCUUAAGACAGGCCGAAGAGCUAAACAGGAUAAGCUCCGAGAACAGGAAGCUCACUGAAAUGCUAACUGUUAUGUGUGGGAAUUACAACGCUUUGAAAAGCCAGUUGAGGAAGCUAAUGAUGAAAGAGAACUCCGAAAACGAACUACCAGUACUCUCGCCAAUGUCGUCGCGAAAGCGAAAGGCCGGCAGCGAAGACUUGAUCAAACAUGCAAGCAUAGAGUGUAGCUCCAGCGAUGAAGAGUCUUGUAAAUUAUUGCCAAAGGAAAUCAAGUCAAACUUUUCCACAGUUUACGUGCGCAUCGAUUCUUCCGAUAAAACCCUAAAUGUGAAGGAUGGAUAUCAAUGGAGAAAAUAUGGUCAAAAGGUCACCAGAGAUAACCCAUCUCCUAGAGCUUAUUUCAAGUGCUCCUUUGCACCAUGUUGCCCAGUGAAAAAGAAGGUGCAAAGAAGUGCUGAAGACCCAACUCUCUUGGUAGUUACUUAUGAAGGAGAGCACAGCCACAAGAACCCAUCUACACCGGCGCAAUACUUAUCACUCAACCCGAUCCAACCGGUGGAUUCGCUUCUUCCUGUGAGAUCCUCCGAUUCUAUGGCAACCCUUGAUUUGGUCCGACCGGCCGGUUCGCCUAAUAACUUCAAAACAAUGCCGGUCCAGGGAGGUGAAUUGCCUGUUUUGCAACAACUUUUGGUUCAACAAAUGGCUUCUUCCUUGACAAGGGAUCCCAAUUUUGCAGCAGCACUAGCCACUGCUAUUUCUGGAAGAAUCUUUGACGGCCAUACCAACCUGGAAAAUAGCCAGUGAUUAUGCGGUUUUGGUUUUUUUUUUUUUUUUUUUUUUUUUUUUUUGUAAUUUGAGGGAGGUUAUAGAUCAGUGUUUAGCCAUGCAAGCUGUAGAGAUGUAAAUAUGAGAUUGUUGAUGCAAACGAUUUUAAUCGUUUUGAAUAGGAGGUUAUGCAUUUCUACAAUCAAAACCCUUGCCUUUUAUUAGCGUUUUAUUGUAAUCUUUAUAAUUUUCGUAUCAAAUUGUCAAUUGGGCGCUCUCGAACUCAAG